AUGACCCUUAUUGGAUUAAUUAUCGCUUUCUGUAUUAUUCCGUCAGCUGUCAACGCUGAUUGUCUCUCAGGGAACUGGACAACGCGUGUUGAUACAGAUGGAAAUACGUAUGGCUAUCAAGUACUUGCGAAAGACUGGCUUAAUUUUUAUGAGGCCCGUGCUCUAUGUCUCGGAGUUGGAGGAGAUGUGGCAUCUAUUCACAGUGGUACUGAAAACGAGUUUGUCCGAAAAUUGGCAGCACCAUAUAUUAUCGGGUGCCAAACAAAUAAAACAACAUGUGGUGCUAGAGCUACUACAAGCCUUGAUACUGUUUUAAGUGUAGUUUGGUUAGGAAUGCACCGGUGUCAAUAUUUUCCAAGUUACAAUGCUACUGUUGAUUGUGUCAAUUCGGAUAGAACGCCAUGCGAUUAUGGAGCUACAAAUGCUGUAAUUCUUACUGGUCCUUCUCCUUUUCCAUGGGCCUGGGGAAAUCCUUCAGGAUCUGACAGCGGAGGGGGAGGUAAAUUUUUAUUUAAAAAUAAGACCUAG